AGGAAACGUUCUGUUGCAGAAUUCACUCUGUUAUUAUCUCUUCAUCUAUCCUCCCGUCAUAUCUGCAUACUUAGCCAUCAAUCCCCCACCAAUCGACUAUCUUGACUCAGCUCAGCCUGAUUCGUCAAAUUGCUGCCCUCCUUGCCCCCCGACCAACCGCUCGCCCCAAGCAGUGCCUCCGACUUCUGGGGUCGCUGCAUCAAAUUGCAAUGACGGCAUCCUGUUUCGUGGUCCCGGUCGGCUCGGCGAUUCUGAUGCUUCCUAUUCACCUGGCCAGAAGGCGUUUGGCUAUGCACUGGACACCAGUCUUGCACGUAGGCGCCAGCAAGUGGUACGUGGUGGACAGACGUGUUUAAAGAAAGCUGAUUCAACUUGCAGCGUCAAUCUUCCAGCUGCCGGAGACUUGGAAUCGAAUCGGCGACCGGUGAACCAAUCCGGAAGAUCAAGUGGAUUACGAAUUUGUAGGGCUGGAAGUUCGCUGCAAAUCACUCGUGGAACAGGAGCAACUCUAGCCGGUGGCGUUGGUGGUGGUAGUGGUAGUGGAAAUAGGCGACCGGUUGAUUUGAAUCCUUCUGCUUCGUCAGGUGGUCGUGCUCGCUGGCAAGCCUCGAAGACUUCAGGGCCCAUUCUUCUGUCUAGUCCGAGAACCAGAACUUUGACCGAACCAGAGUCUGCAUUCUCAACUGCUGUUACUUCUCCCGAGGCUCAGUCCUUAGCUCGCCCUAUUCUUACGAAUGCGUCUACUGCUAGUCAACCAAAGCGCCGGUCAGCACGACGUUCCUGUCCUGUCGAGGUUGGCCACCUGCGCGCGGCACGCCUACUGGCCUCUGAAGGACUUUGCGACAUUUCAGAACGAUCCGUUGUUACUGAUACCCUCGGUCUUGCUGCCCGAGAGAUGGGAUUUAUAUGCUCCAUGACGACCGCAUCUUCAGCUAAUGAACUUGUUGGUAGCAGUGGUGGGGUCGAUUCCCUUUCCACUCGAAAGCGAUGCCUUAAAGGUGACGGAUAUUCAGGGAUUUAUGAGAUGAACGGAUCACACUUCACCAGUUUGCGAAAGGACAGCCCAAUUUUGCCAGCAGAAGAGGAGGCCGAGGAAAUAGAAGAGAAGAGAGAAGAAAUAUUCGGCGAACACGAAUUCGCUGAU